GUCAUCCCUAACCUAAUCUGACAAAAAAAAAAUGUAAAUUAGUCAUUUGUCAUUUAUCGUGUUGAUAAUUUUAUAAACGAAACAAUACCACACCUAUUAUUGAUGCAAUAAUAAAUAAAUUAAAUUAAACAAUAAAAAAAAAAUAAAAACUUACUUUGGUGAAGUGUAAAAAGUAAAAAUGCCGGCUUAUCACUCAAGUUUCACUAAAAGUGACAAAUUAUUGGGUAAUAUGGCCAUGCUGCCAUUGAAGACGACUUUCAGAGGACCAGCUCCGGUUUGUCCUCCUGAUACCGAGCUUGAUAUCAUCGACGAAGCUCUUUAUUUUUUCAAAGCUAAUGUCUUUUUUAGAACGUAUGAAAUCAAGAACGAAGCUGACAGAUUGCUUAUUUAUAUAACUUUGUAUAUCACGGAAUGCUUGAAACGCUUGCAAAAAUGUGCUACACAUAAUCAAGCGCUGACGGAGAUGUACUCGCUGGCGAUAUCUAAGUUUGACAUUCCUGGUGAUCCUGGAUUCCCAUUGAAUUCUGUUUAUGCUAAACCAGAGACUUCUGAUGAAGCUGAUAAAAUGAGACAAUAUUUACAACAAAUUCGCCAAGAAACUGCAGGAAGACUUGUCGAAAAAGUAUACAGCGACAAUGGCAAGCCAAGCAAAUGGUGGCUGUGUUUCGCCAAGAAGAAAUUCAUGGACAAGUCUCUCUCCGGACCUGGUCAAUAAAUUUGUUGCUAAUUAAUUAAUAAUCCCAGUUAAUUAAUUAAUUAAUUAAUUUUCUUAUUUUUAAUAUUAAAGUUUCUUUACAAAAUACUGUAACUAUAACUGCCAGUUCCUCGUAAACUGAACAUUAAAUAUACAGUAUAAAUUUAAA